AUGCCGUAUCCCUCGGCGUCUCAGUUCUGGAGCUCGUGGCCGGUAGACGAGGUUGAUGCGUUGCUGGGGCUCGAGGCCACGGAGAUGAGCCUUGUUCCCCCCUUGGACGAUGCGUUUGAGUGGCCAAUGCCCAAUGGCGGCGACUUGUCAGCCGUUGAGGCUCUGAAUCCCUGUCUCGGCUCUUCGACAGUCAGCACCUUAUCUCAUGACAGUGCAUCAGCAACGCCGCCGUUGGAGCCAAAGCUGCCCGAUCUGCCAGACAUUCUGCAGCUUGUCGAUCUCUUCUUUGAGAAGUGCUAUCGCUUCUUUCCCAUCAUCCACAGGCAAACCAUACUAGAUGCCAUCAAGUCCGAAGGAGCCGAGGGGAUCCCAUCGGUUUUGCUCUACGCCAUCAUCGCCGUGGCAGCUGGCGUCCACCCCAAUUGUCAGAUUCGACAGUCACAGCAGUCCUGGUACGAACAAGCAAAGAGCCUCGUUUCAAAAGAGAUGCAACAGCCACAUCAUGUCCUUCAGACAUUACAAGGCGCCGUCUUGGUCGUCUACCUAGGGCUGGCCCUCGUCGAUUACUCGUCUUCCAUUGUCAUUCUCGGCGAGGCGUGGCGAAAGACUGUUGCCGUGGGCCACAGCUACGGCGAUGGACUGCGGAAUCUGAUUGUGCAGACGCUGGGAACGCAAGAGAAGGCCAAGUGGAUAGAGAAGGAGGAGAUUAGGCGCAUCUCAUGGAUGCUCUUUAUCAUGGAUCGGGGGAUGUGCUAUCCUAUCGGACUAAUGCAUGCCAUCGACGACCGAAGGAUGAAGCUGGAAUUUCCCAUGUCAGAGGAUGACUUUCAGGGCACUGAAGCACCGCCUCCAGGUCCUUUGAGUCGAUUCACCCCCAAUCUGGACACUCUCAUAACGACGAUGCGCGAUAGAACUCUACAGGGCUCGGCAACGCAACUGCAGUACAUCAUCCUAGGAUAUGCACUCCUCGGACGCAUCAGCGAAGCACUCGACCACAGCGACGACGGCGACGAGGCACGCAGAGAACGACUAGACACCCUUUGCGCACAACUUGCCAAGAUCCGACUGAUGCUCCCGCGCUCUGCCACAGAGCUCUCAAUGGCCAAAUACGAUGAAUUCAUGGAAGUCGUUUGGCUCAACAUUCUCCUGAACGCAUGCACAGUGCUUUUGCAUCACCGUCCUCUCCGCGAAGGAGAAUCUCUCGACGAUUCCGAAACCGAUACGGCGAAAAAUUGGCCCCAUUGCGUGGCUGCAGCACGAAACACAAUCUCCGUUCUACGAGACGCCUCUCGAGUUUCCAUCGACUUUGUGAGCAACGCGCACUUUCCGUGUCUGCUCUUCACCUGCUCCAGAAUCCUCCUUGUCGAGUACUUUUAUCCCUCUAGAUGCGGCAAAGGCGCUCGCGAUCCAAAGCUUCGUGAGGAUCUCGAGGUUGUUGCCCUGAACUAUAUCAGACUGAAAGAAGAGUGGCGAGGCCUAGGGCAAAAGUUUGGUAAGGGCAUGUAUUACUACUUACACCGAGGGGAGGGGUUUGCGCGUGAGACAAAGGCUGGUGGUGCGAGGAGUCUGCUCGGCGUCUGUGAUACCUGGAUUACCAUUCCUGAUGAUUUUGAUCUCACUAUCCCGAGCUGA